AUUGUAACUCUGUCGAUGUAACAAGCAAUCAGCGUUUCUAGAAAUUGAACACUAUUCGUUUGAUCUCCCAUCCAUAGCAACCUAGUUUUCUAUCAUAUAACAAUGAACGAGGUUCCAGUAUCCCAAGAUGCUCCACAAGAUCUCGAGCAAGAUGUUACCCCUUCCAAUAUCUUCAUCCCCCCUACAGUCGAUACCCCAAAGCUCCUCUCCGGAAAUACAUACUCAUAUUUCUCUCCCAUACCUUCCGCAAUCGCCUCCGACUUAUCGACGGAGUGCGUGAUUGGGAUUGACGAGGCCGGCAGAGGACCGGUUUUAGGACCCAUGGUCUACUCCCUCUUUUACGUUCCACAAUCGCUCCAUUACAGCCUCCUCCGUGAUACCCAUGCUUUUACAGACUCCAAGGCCCUUACGGCCGAAGUGCGGUCGAAUCUGAUGCGAACUCUGUGUACACCGCCAGCAACAUCAGCCGGUGCAGAAUCGAACGACGCCGAUGAUGCGGCCGAUGCAGGGGAGGCUGAGAGCGCCUCACUUCAGACCCAUUGCGGCUUUUCAGCAACCCUCCUUUCGGCGACCUCAAUAUCCUCGUACAUGCUUCCAUCACCACGAACCGCCCCAUACAAUCUCAACGCCCAAGCGAUGGAUGCGACGAUCGAUCUGAUUCAACGGACAUACGACAUGGGGCUGAACAUCACGGACAUCUUUGUCGACACCAUCGGAAAGCCGGAAGUGUAUCAAAAGAAUCUCGAGAGGAUCUUCCCGGCCGCGAGGAUAUCGGUCGAAAAGAAGGCCGAUGUCACAUAUCCGGUCGUGGGCGCGGCCAGUGUCGUCGCAAAGGUGACGCGAGACGUGGCGUUGGAAGUGCUCUGGGACGAGUAUGUGAAGCAUACUUCCAUGACGGAUCCGGGAGAUCAUUGGGGUUCCGGAUAUCCAUCGGACGGCCGGGCCACCAACUGGCUCAAAGCGUCCAUGGAUCCUAUUUUUGGAUGGGGCUCCGAGUGUCGAUUCUCAUGGGGCACCGCAAAAGACUUGUUAGAGGGCAAGUCUGCCGCGGCGAUUGUGGAUUAUGAGGAAGAGGAUUCCAAAACGGUGAAGAUGACCGACUUUUUCAGCUCCAACGGGGAGGACGACGGCGCAGAAGAUGAGCUGGGGAGAUGGUACGGCAGGAAUUUAUCUGAGGAAGUGUUUUAGGAUUCGUUAAGAAUGAAGAUGCUGCUGAAGGAGCUGGCGAGUGACGAUAGGACAUGAUCUUGUUUACCGGCCUAGCGGCAUGGUGAGUGAUGGAAGAUUGAUUUGUCUCCCUUGAUUGCACACCCUACACUGUCAGCUUGCGUUUGUCCGGGGGAUUGACUGUUACUGCAGACCCUCGGCGAACAGAAUCGGAGUUGUUUUCCUGUUCAAGCAGAAGUGUAUUCCCAUGGUUAUGGGGAAUCACCUCGACUGA